AUGCUUGAAAAUCACAAUGCUCGGAUGAUAAAUGCUGCUCAAAAGGUCAUCAAGGAGAAUAAUAAGACCAAAAAACCUGUAAAAUACAAGGAAGAUUUUUCUUUUUGGCAAUGGUUCAAGGAUCGAUGCAUUUUUUACUGCGAAAUUACGGCUCUUCAUGGCUACAACCAUCUCGUUCGAAAGGAUUUUGCGUUAUGGGAGAAAAUUAUGUGGGUCAUCAUGUGCAUAAUUGCAAUGAUAGUUGCUCUGGUGCUCCUAUAUUUGUCUCUUUACUGGAAUAGUGCGACUCCCACGACGACGGUAAUUGAAAGCACGCACUUUGCCACAUGGAAUAUCCCGUUUCCCGCUGUCACAAUUUGCAGCGUCAACAAAAUCACUUUGAGUGCAUUGCAGCAAAAAGAAGCUGAAAUUCUCUUGCCGGGCGGCAUCGAGCUCGAAGACUUGCAACACAUGCUGCGGGUUUUGCUGCUGAACGACUACAAAGCUGAAAAUAUCGAGACACUCGGAAUGCUGAAUUACAUCUUGAAAUCGAACAACAUGACGGCAUAUCAGAUGAUGUGGGAUUUAACGGCACCGUGUCGACGCAUGAUUCAAAAGUGCAUGUGGAAAGGCGUUCAAAUUAGGUGCGAUGCGAUUUUUCAGCGAGUUAUGACGAUGAACAAUAUCGGCUGUUGCAGUUUCAACUUUUUCGGAUUGAAAGAAACGAAUUACCAGGCAAAAGCAGCAAAUCAGGUGACAGAACCGCGACGUGUUUCAGCGUGUGGCUUCCAAACUGGCUUGUCCGUCAUCUUAAAUCCGCUUAUUGACACUUAUGCAGCUGCGGCAAUUAGCACCUACGGCUUUCGAGUACUUACCCACGAAGCCUACAGCUUGGCUGACAACAAUGCUGAGACGAAAGUGGUUCAAGCGGGACUCGAAGCUUAUAUCAGUGUAAUGCCAGAAUCGACUUACAGCACGCCAGAAGUGAAAGAAAAGGAUUUGGAAGUAAGAAAUUGUUUCAGAGAGGGCGAAGUUAAGCUUGAAACAAUGACAAAGUACACUUAUGUGAAUUGCUUGGCGGAGUGUCGGCAACAAAUUGUGUACCGAACAUGCGGUUGCUUGCCCUUUUCGUAUCCCAAUAACGGAUCGAUCCCCUAUUGUGCCGUCAACCAAAUGAAUUGCAUCAAAGAUAUUUCGCAUAUUUAUUCUGUCGCUGAACCGGAGACGAAUUUCACGUUGCCAGGUAUUCGGCAAACGACAAACAAAAAAGCCUGCGGAUGCAUGCCGGAAUGUGAUUUUUACAAUUAUUUGACGGAAGUGUCGACGGGAGUUUUUAAUCGGGAGAAUGCAUUUUCGUCGGAAAGUUUCUUGUAA